AUCGGUGAUUCUAUGUAUUUAUUUCCUGUAGAAUAAUUAUGAAGUAGUUACGUGUAUUUGUACUUUUUAAUAAUAAAAAAUGGGCUAAAAUUAUAAUUGUAAAAUAAUACGAUUCCUUUCUUGUAGCCUCUCGAAAUCGAUAUUUGCGCUCCCAAAACGUAAAUACGUUCUCCGCACUAACGUCAAUUGAUAUCUCUGGCAACUGACAGUUUAAAACUAAACAACCGGUUCGAGCUUGACGCUUGUGUUUGACGUACGUCUUUGUGAUAAUAUACUUGCAAUUUGUGUUUUCUACGAUUGUAUUAUUUAAAUAAUUGUUUAUAAAAAUGUCGUCAUCAGAUUCUGAAGAUGAUAGCUUUUUAAAUCCCACUCAACAACUUAAGUCCAUGAUGAACAAUUUUAAAGCGGAUACGGACUGCAACUUCAACGAUUCCAUACCACUCGACGUUAUACCGACAACAUCGCCGUCAAAACGCAAUAUACAGAACAAAUCUCCGUCAAAGAAGAGAAAAAGAUCUACAGAUUCGUGCAGUAGUGAUGAUAUAACCAUAGAAGACUUCCGUGCUCUAUAUCCAUCUUUGAAAGACACGAGACCCAAACGAACGACCAGAAGUUCAGCAAAGAGGAAUGCAAAUCCACAGAACUCGCCAAACUUGGCUGAUAUUCAAAAGUCAUUGCCUAAACGUAAAAGUAGAAAAAGUAAUGCGAACUCGUCUACCACUAUGGAUACUGAAAUGGCGGGAAAUUCGACUCAAACUGUUCAGAAUGCUCAAGUGGCUCAUAUGGAACCACCGACGCCGCCAUUACGCGGACGAGGCAGAGGACGCGCUCGUGCUCGAGCUAGGGGAAGAAAUAGCACAAACAGUAGGCGUUCCAGGAAUUCACACAGUAUUUUAGACAUACUACAAGCCAUGAUCCCCACCUACAGUGUCGGAAACACAGAUGAAUAUCCCGACCAGUGUGACAACCAACAGUUAUUCAGCAACCAAAAAACGAACGACGUCGUAGAAAUAGAAGACUUAAAUGAAACUCUAGAGGAAAACGAAUUGAUGUCUGUAAAAGUUGAAUGGAGAAGUAAAACGAUAGUAAAAUUCGAGUUACGGAAGUAUCAAAAAUUGACGCCUAUAUUUGAGCAUUUUAGUAAAGCGGAAAAUGUAAGUUAUGAUAAACUGUAUUUUUCGUAUAGAGGUAAAAUUAUACAGCCUGAGGAUACUCCAGACUCGAUAGAAUAUAGUAUUGCUAAAUUUAUUGAAGGUGGAAUUGUUACUCAAAGUGUGGUUGCGGCGUCGAGUAAUGACAAUGAGAUCAGAGACGGUAUAAAACUGAAAUUCCAGUGUCUUAAUGUGAAGAAGCCAUUUGAGAUGAUCGUUGGGCCGGACGACAAGAUGGCUACGGCCAUGUUGAGAUGCGCAGAGCACUUUGAGAAGCCUUUUGAUAAGCUUAAAUUUGAAUUCGACGGUGAUAUUGUUUCAGGUAAAACCACACCAAGAGAAUUGGACCUAGAAGGCGGGGGAUGCAUCGAUGUAAAAAUAUUAAGUUGAAUGAAGUUACAAAUACAUGUUAUUUUAUUUAAGUAUGUUAUAUUUUGUUAUUUUAUUCUUGACAUAAUUAUCAUACUGGAAAAAAUGUGCUCCGAUAUAUAUUAUUUGAUAGCAACUACACCAUAGAGGAAUAAGUAAGAGAAGAGUUGCAACUCCAUACAUCAGUAAAUGCAAUUGAGCAAAAACAAAAAGCUGAUAAUUCACCUUAUUUGACACUUGGUUGACGGUAGAUGUCACUACAAAUAACUUGCAUUUACUGAUGACAACUCUUUCC